GUUAGCCCCCAGAAUAAGUUGUGGUGGAAAUUCGUUCUCUCCACGCUCCACUUCACUUGUUACAAUAUUUACACUGUCCUCAACAUAUUAACAAUAAUACCAGCUCUCAUAACUUCCAUUGAUAAGCACUUGCUAGAGAUUUUAUUUUUUUUACACAGCUCUUUGUUAUUUGCAUGCAUCUAUCUAUAUAUAUAGUGUGUGUUUGUGUAGAAAGGGUUUUUUGAAAGUGAUAAUUUGGAUUAUGCUUGCUGUGGCACCUUUGAGGAACCCUAGAGAUGAAGCAGCUGGAGAGCCUAGGUUUUCGAUCAUCGAUGAUGAGUUUCCGGACUUAUCGGGUGAUCAUUUGCUCGAUAGUAUUGAUUUUGAUGACCUUUUCAUUGGCAUGGAAGAUGAAGAUGUGUUACCGUCUUUGGAGAUUGAAUCUGAUGAUAUUUUUGCGGAAUUUAAUUCUGUUAGUGGAGGAGAUGAGUCGGAGACUAAUGCAACAUCCUUGUAUGUUGAAAAUUUUGAUAAUAUCAGCUCGAGAAGUUACAAUCAGGAGGAGGAUAAAGUUUCGGGUUCGGAUUUCGGAUCAGGUUCGGGCAGAUUGAAUCAAGGGGAGCAAAUACGGAACAAGAGCGACGAGAUUAAUGUUUCAGCAAAAGUUCCAACUAAGGAGGAAGCGAAAAGAAAAAAAUCAUCUAAGAAUCAUCAAGGCAAGAGAAAAGUGAAGGUUGAUUGGACGCCAGAACUGCACAGAAGGUUUGUGCAAGCAGUGGAGCAGCUAGGUGUGGAUAAGGCAGUCCCUUCAAGAAUCUUGGAGCUUAUGGAAAUUCAUUGUCUCACCCGUCAUAACAUUGCCAGUCAUCUUCAGAAGUACAGAUCUCAUCGGAAACAUUUGUUAGCACGAGAAGCAGAAGCUGCUAGUUGGACUCAGAGACGACAAGCUUACGGUGCUGCUUCAGAAGGUGGCGGAUGCAAGAGGGAAAUGAAUAGUACCAGUCCUUGGCUUGCACCCACCUUAGGAUUUCCUCCUAAUAAUAUUCCUCAUCAUUUUCGACCCUUACAUGUAUGGGGUCAUCCUUCGAUGGAGCAACCCUUGAUGCAUGUCUGGCCUCCUAAACACUUAGCCCCUUCCCCUUCUCCGCCCUCACCUAUGUGGCCACCGGUGACCGCAUCUCCUCACCUUCCACAACCGCCGCCUAACCCUUCAUUCUGGAAUUCACGCUAUCAACGGAACGGACAUUCCAAAAUCCCAAGAAAUCACUGUUUCGCACCAUCAAUGGCAUCCCCGAGAUUUGCAGCAGCAGCAGCACCGGUCCCCGGCAUUCCACCACAUGCAAUGUACAAAGUAGACCCCGUUUCUGCUCCCCCUCGCCCUCCUUUCGACUUCCACCCGUCCAAGGAAAGCAUAGAUGCAGCAAUCGGAGAUGUUUUAUCGAAGCCAUGGCUGCCGCUUCCUCUCGGACUAAAACCACCGUCUACCGACAGUGUAGUAGGGGAGCUGCACCGUCAAGGUGUGGAUAAUAUUCCUCCUGGCGGUGCUUGUGCCUCCACAACUUAAUUCAACCCAACUGGAUCUUCAGUUUUUUUCCGGGAGUUUUGCAGCCUGAAGAGUUAACUGAAGUCCCUCAAUUUGACGACAUGUCCUGCAUUCAAUUUAGAUGCGUUGAUCAUCUGAAAGUGCAACCUUUUCAUAUCAUUUCACUUGUUUGCUACUAUGAGUAUACUAGUACUUGUUGGCUGUUGCCAUACACCAUGUUAUUUGCAUAUCUUAGCAAAUGACCAAUAAAUUCGGUACUUUUUAUGCACAUUGUUCUUCUUUCAAAAUCGGGGAACACGCAAUAAUAAGUAUAAAAUAUUCAAGUUUUGUAUGAAGGUAUUUAUUUCUUCAAAAAGAAAAACAAGUAUAAAAUAUUUUUUAUUUUA